AUGAUACACUGUCGAUUAUCCUUUCGUUCUGCUCACUAUUUGUUGAAUAACACGACCGUCCCCACUACUAUCACAAAUCGUGAAUGUGAAGUAGCUAAUCUGCUGUGUGGCGUACUAGAAUCGAUUACUAGCAGUCACUCCCACACCUUAGAAGUCGAAACAACUCUCGAUCAUGAGUUAGGGGAUGACGAAUUGAUCAAUGACGUCGAUUACAAAGAUAGAGCUGAAGAAACAUGCGAUCCCGACUGGAAUGAUGAAGAUGAAGAUGAUGAGAGAGUAUUAUGCAAACAAUUUUCGUUUGAUUACAUGACCAGGGCAGUCAAUUUCUACGACGAAAUCAAUCCACAAACUGGAAAACGAAAGAGACGGUGGGAGACAGUGAAAAAUCACUUCCGACGUAUUUCCCACCAAAACUAUCUCGCUCGCUUUCGCCGUUAUCUUGAGAAACAUGGAACGAAGAAACAAAAACUCGAGAAAAUUGAUGAUCAUGUAUUCGAUAUGUUCGAACAAGCUCGAGAGAAAGCUCUGCCAGUGCACGAUAUUGAUAUCCGUCGGUGGGGUCUUAAAAAGGCUAUGGAUGAAUCUUUACACAAUUUUGUCGCAUCAAAUCAUUGGCUGUACACUUUUAAACACAAACACAGCAUUAUCUCGCGCAAAAUAACAAAGUUCGUAGCUGAUGUUCGCAAACGUUUGCCCCAAUAUGAAGCCAGCGAAGUUAUUAACACAGAUCAAAGUGGAAUCCAGCUCGAAUUACACUCUACUCGAACAUUAAGCCACAAACGAGAGAAAGUUACAGUCGGAUCUGUACGCUCUAUAAAUGCCAUCACUCAUAGUUAUACUGUACAGCCAACAAUCACACUCGACGGUCAUCUUCUUUCGCCGCUUUACCUCUCCUUGAAGGAGCCCAAAGGACACAUGAGCGAGAAUAUUCGCUUGCAUCUUUUCAAGGCGUCGAAUGUGGUGAUCACUUGCAGUAGUUCUGGAAAGCUCACAACAUCUAUGGUUGAGUACUGGCGCGAUCAUGUGCUGCUGUCAUCACUGGAAAAACAUCAGAAGUUUCUAUUCAUCUCGGACUGUUGGGGUGAACAGACUGAUGGAAAGGGAUUAUGCGAUCAUAUCCCCGAGUGCAUAAGGCUUGAAAUACCAAAGAAAACGACGGAUCAACUUCAGCCAUUAGGUGUCUUUUUCAACAGGCAGAUGAAGAUCUUGAGAAUUCGAUAUCUUGGGGGAAAAGGCACGAGCGUACGAAUUCUCUUGGGGUUUUUCAUACCUCAUAGAGGUCUACUAAACGCCAAAAGACGGGACCUAAAGGGCUUGAACACCUGGGGAAGUUCCCUCGUUAGUAUGGCACUCUAUUGUGAACACAAACCAAAAGCUAUAUGCUAUCGUGAGCGUAUUUACUAUGAAGCUGACUGUUUGUUCGUUGUUGUGAAAUACGAUUUGAAGGAGAAUACUGAAGAGUUUGGGAAAAGAGAAGUGAUUUUUCAGCCGCAAUCUUCUACCUCACACACCCCUACCGACAUACGUGUAACACGUUACGGUCCGUCAUCAACUGAGGAUGCAUUACGAACUAUCAUAUAUUGUAGUCCAUGGGGCAAAAAUUUAUCAGAAAACAUCGGACAUGGUUAUCGAGAAUGGCAUGCUAUUUUUAAUAGCGGAGCUUUACAUUUAACCCUCGGUUACCGUCGUGGGGUCCACGCGGUCCCACUUUAUAGUUUUUUAUUCUAUUCUGAGCAAUAA